CUUGAGCGGUUGACAACACACGACCACGGUGACGGCGAGAGAGCAGGCUCAAGGAGUGUGAAUUCAAAAAAAAACAAGAAACAACCAAAGCGAAGAGAAAUGUUUUAGCCAAAAGUUUAAUUAAAACCAACAAAAAUCAAACCAAAUCAAAGGCAAAGCGGCCAUAGUUGAUUCGUAAUCAAAUUCGAAGUUCGAAAGUUCGAAAAAGCUCCUUUAAGCUGAGCAUCUGUGUUCUUGUGUGAUUGUGUGUGUGUGUGUGUGAUCGUGUGAGCAGGAUGGAGCAUGACAGCUUUGAUGAUCCGAUCUUCGGGGACUUUGGCGGCGGCCCCCUCAAUCCGCUGGGCGCCAAGCCCCUGCUGCCCACCUCGACGGCCAUGCAUCCCGUUAUGCUGGGCAGUGUCCACGAGCUGUGCAGCCAGCAGCAGCCGCAGCAGCAGCAGCGUCUGCCCGACUGCAACACCAUACUGCCGAAUGGCGGUGGAGGAGGAGGAGGCGGCGGCGGUGGCAGCGGAGGACCCAGCUAUGUGCCGAAACUCGAUUUCGGCAAUAAAAUUGGUUGCUACUCGCCCAGCCAGAAGUACGAGUACAAGCUGGUGGAUCAGCAUCAGCAGCAGCAGCAACAGCACCAGCAGCCGCAGCAGCAGCAUCAUCACCACCAGCACUACGCCGUCACGCCACCGCCCAGCCACAAUGGCAUCCUGCACCACAAGCAGCAGACAUCCUCGAACCAACAGCAGCAGCAGCAGCAGCUGGUGGGGAUCAUGGACUAUCAUCCGCUGAAUGGAAAACUCGACUACUCGCCCAAGGAUCAGUACGAGCCUCAAGCGCAGCAGCAGCAGCAGCAUCCCCAAUUGCAGCAUCUCUACGGCGGCAGUCCGCACCAUCACUUGGAUCACUUGGAGCACGGCGAUGGCUUGAUACAGGACUCCACCCCAGUGCUAAUCAACGGCGGUUCGUCUGGUGGUAAGCUCAAGAAACCCGACGACAUCUGCAGCCAGAUGCAGGAUGCAGGCACACCCCCGGCUGCCACCUCCUCUUCGGGCAUCAGCAAUGGCGCGACGCCUAAUGGCAGUGUCAGCGGCUCUGCUGGGGGCCAGGGCGCCUCCGUGCCAGUUGUGGGCGCUGCUGGAGGUGUUGUUUCCGCCGCCGCCCCCAAGAAGGAUGGCGGCAAUAGCAGCAAGAAGAAGGGCGAUCCCAAUGGCAUCAAGAAGAAGAAAACGAGAACCACCUUCACAGCCUAUCAACUGGAGGAACUGGAGCGCGCCUUUGAGCGUGCCCCCUAUCCGGAUGUGUUUGCACGUGAGGAGCUGGCCAUCAAGCUGAAUCUCAGCGAGUCCCGGGUGCAGGUGUGGUUCCAGAACCGACGCGCCAAGUGGCGGAAGCACGAGCCGCCACGCAAGACGGGCUACAUCAAGACGAGCACACCGCCGACGGCAACGCUGAACAGCAGCCUGGCACCGCCCUUCACCAGCUAUCCGCAGACGACGACGGUGACGCCGCCGGGCAGCAUGGACAGCUGGACCAGCUACCAGACGCCCUACGAGCUGACGCCUCAGUUCAGCCUGCUCUCUCCGGCGGCCAGCCCCUACGGCACCUACUCCGGCCAGUACGGCACCUAUGUGCACGAGAGUCAGCUCUUCCCAAUGCGACACUUUGACUACGGCAGUCCCAGUCGCAUGGACAUGGGCGCCACCACGGGCUCCGUGGCGGGUGUGUCCGGCGGCGGCAGCGGCGAGGAGGCAACGGGAAAUGGCAGCUACCAGCCAGCGGAGCUGCAGGCCACGCAGCAGCAAAUGGCCGACGGUACGCUGGUCACCCUCAUACCCGAUCACGCUGAUCCUCACCAGCAGCAGCAGCAGCAACAGCAGCAGCAGCAGGCGCAGCUGAAUGGGAAAUAUUUGAGCGCGGAGCAGGCCAAGUAUGUGCAUCUGCAGUGCCAUCAAUCCUCGACGGGGCUCGAGCUGAGUCCCGGCUCCAACUGCCAUUUGGUGGAGGCGCAGGCGCAGCACUAUGUGACAGCUGGCGCGGGUUCGGGGGCUGGGGCGGGCAAUGGUAGUGGCAGCAGCGAUGACAACGACAGUGGCCUGCAGACUGUGAUCAAGAGCGAGGAGUCGGCCCAGCAGCAGCAGCAGCAGCAGCAGCAGCAGGCGCAGAGCUAUGUCCUGCCUCCUUUUUUGCACUAAGGGAAAUGCUCACACACCGUCGCCAGCAGCAGCAGCAAAAGCAACGACGCUGGGCACCGCCCCAAGCUCCAAGCGCAGCACGCUUCCGGCGGCCAUUUUGAAUGUUUGUGUGUGUGCAGCAUUUCUAACUGUAAAUUGGGUGCCCUAACCUAACACUUGACAGCAGAAGAUACCAAAAAGAAAUACCAGUAGACUGAAAAUAUCAACACUGA